AUUCUUCUCUCUCUCUCUUGUUGGGGAUGGAUUGAACCCAUCCACAAAGCCCAUCGAACAAAAGGCCCAAUCCGAUAAGCCGAAUAGUCGUCGGCUCGGAAGCCGAUAUUCGAGGUUUCGACUCAGCUAAGGACUGCUUUUAGUCGAAACAGAGAGCGGACAGAGCGCGAUCGACUUAGCAGCUUGGGGCGAGCAUUCACCAGCCAGGCCCGAAAGGCCGACAAGGCCCAAUCGAUUAAAAGAAGAUUAGGUUAAGUCGAUCGCGAACAGACUAUAAAAGGAGAGGAAAGCAAAGGAGAAAGGCAUGAAGACUGAGCUACACAAACUUAGCGGCGAGAUUAGGGUUUAUUGUCCGUACAAUCAUCUCUCUGCUAUUUGUACUUUUCCGGUUUAAGCUCUCACGAGCUCCGGCUUGCCAUUACUCAUCUCGAAAUCUAAUAAACGCCUCUGUUCGACCCAUUUUUAGUAUUGUUUACUUCAUCUGAGACCAAACUCACCUUAAACAAUUGGCGCCCACCGUGGGGCAGAACAGACCCAGCGUUUCUAGACCGAAAUGACCACCGGAGGUACGAACCCUGCUACCGCCGGAACUCACACCUCCUCAGCCUCCUCCCCUUCUCUCGUCGGAGUUCAUGAGUUCAGUCAUGGCUCGACUCGCUCAUCAAGAGGAAGUCCAGAAAACGACAAAUGACCAGCUCGCUGCCAUCGUCGCUGCUCUAAGCGCACCCACCGGCAACUCGCAACCAUUCCGUCGUCACCUCUUCAACACAAACCGUCCCUACUCCAACGGACGGACGAACGAUGAACCCAGCUGACCCUGCAGAGACCCUCUUCGCCGAUGCUCUUCCGGCAGCGUCCGAUCCCUCAACUGUCCGAGAGAUUGCUGAGCUCAAAUUAAAUUUCCAACAAAUGAGCUCGAGAAUCCACCAAGCAACGAGCGCAGUACUUGAGAUUGAUAGCGUCAUCGCUUCAACAUCGCGCACACCUUUCACCGAAGAACUGACGGAGGUCAAACUCCGGAAAAUGGACAAGUUGCGUCUCCCAUAGUACAAACCAGGAGGUGAUCCCGUCGAGCAUCUGACGGCUUUCAACAUCGCGGUGGCGAGAGCUAGACUUGCUCCCGAGGAAAGAGACGCGGGAUAUUGCCAACUCUUUGUCGAGACACUGAACGAACAGGCCCUGACUUGGUUCUCGGGACUUGCAGAGAACUCGAUUAGCAGUUUCAAAGAGCUCUCCUCGGCAUUUCUCAAGACUUACAUCAUGUUCACCAAGCGCGAAGCAACAGCCUCGAGCCUUUGGAACCUCAAGCAGACGAAGGACCAGAGUCUUCGCGACUACAUGGAAUGAUUUAAGUCGGUCGUGUCGAGAAUCAACAUUCCCGAUCACAUUGCCGCCGACACCCUGAGGAACAAUCUUCUAGUAGAAUGUAGGUUCCGAGAAGAUCUCUACCGAUGUCCCACCACAUCACUGCAAGAUGCCGUUGCUCGUUCCCACAACUUCAUCCUUAAGGAGGAGGACACCAAAGCCAUCAUGAGCGAGCACAACUCGGUGAAGCAAUCAGCGCCUAAAAACGCUGCUACAGCUCACAUCGAACCUCGUCAGCAUGCUACAAGUGACAAAAACAACCGCAAGAACGGUCUCCUCUACGUCGUUGACAAAAACGGGAAGAAAUGGAACACCUUUCAUCGGGAAACAGAUCCUCCGAGCGAAUCCCCUCGAGCAACAGAGACGGCCGCAGUCGCCCAAGUCGAUUCCGCGGCGGGUUCAUCCCGGACCCCUCCAGGACUUACCAAAUCGUGCAAACUCCAUGGCGUCAAAGGCCACGACACUUCAGAGUGCAAAACACUUUUCGCACAGUUCCUCUCCUCGCUCGAAAGCGGCGAGAUCAAGAUCCCUCCUCCGAAGCCAAAAAGCGAGAACAGUUGGAGCAUGAAUAAGGAUAGGAAAAAUCAGCAAAAAAAUCAGGGUAAAUCACGUCAAGAUGACCAAAAGCCAAAGGUUGCCGAGCAAACCCCUCGUCAGGAUGACGAUGGUGACGCCUCAGCUGACGAAGAUCAACCUGCGGUCAGACAAAGGAUCGAAGUUAUUUGCGCCCAACCGGAGCCCUCAUCGGACGAAGAGAGCGACCUUGAGGAAGCUCUCGACCCGUCGGACUUACGUACGCUCCUCAAGCGAAAGAUCACUCCGACGAGUAGCGAGACCCCCGGACCUUCUGAUCUCCGAGUCGAGCUCAACGCCAAAAGAACCAAGCAUGGGCUGAGCCAAGGAUCUUCACCGGCAUCUACAGGCGAGAACCCUAUCGUCGAUUUACGCGAUCAACUUAACGCCCGGAUGGACGAUCUACGUACGAAACUGGACCGUAAAAGAGCCGAGCCAUCAGAGGAAAGCAAGGAUCUCCGAGCUCUCCUCAUCAAGAAGCAAGCAAGCGUCAGGCCGCAAAUCAAUGUGAUUAUGGGAGGAUCGCCACCUUGCGGGGACUCAGUACGGUCUGUCAAGGAUCACCGCCGACUGGUGGACACUUCACAGCGUUGGCCACAGAAGCUUCCGAACGAUCCCCCAAUCUCCUUCUCGUCAGAAGAUCUACUCGGAGUAAACCUCCCCCAUAACGAUCCCCUUCUCGUCGUCUUGGCUAUCGAUAAGUACGAUGUUACCAAAGUGCUAAUCGAUACAAGCAGCUUAGUCGAUAUCAUUUUUCGCGAAAUUCUCGUAAAAAUGGGUAUCGACUUAAAAGACGUGAAACCAUCUUCCAGAACUGUCACCGGCUUCAACGGCUCCUACGAAGUAAUCCUUGGGAUCCGUCUCUCAGUACAAGCAGAGGGAGUAACUCAGAUGGUCAAAUUCUCGGUGGUCAGUACCAAGGCUCCCUAUCACGUGAUACUAGGUACCCCAUGGCUGUAUUCUAUGCGAGCAAUUGCAUCUACAUACCACCAAUGUGUCAAAUUCCCGGGAGUGGAUGGGAUGGUUAAGACAGUAAGAGGAGAUCAGCGAGCCACACGAGAUUGCUUGAUCACCACGAUCAAAUUACAGCGCUCGCAGUCACUCGUCAACUCGGUUUCCCCUCCGAUAAGUAAGGUCUGCCCACAAAAAGAAGAAGUGCUCGAAGUCCCGGUCGACGAGUCGGACCCAAGCAAAGUGCUACGAGUCGGCACCUACUUAUCAGACGAGAUGCAGCGCACUAUCCUGGAUUUCCUGAAGCAGAACUUGUCUACCUUUGCAUGGUCAAUGUCCGACAUGCAAGGGAUCGACCCUUCCAUCACGACUCACGAGUUGAACGUGGAUCCAAAUAUCAAGCCCAUUCGACAGAAGAGACGAAAAUUGGGCUCGAGAGAUCCAAAUCAGUCGUCGAGGAAGUCGAGCGUUUACUCAGCGCGGGCUCGAUAACGGAAGUCCGUUACCCGGAAUGGCUCGCCAACCCAGUUGUCGUCAAGAAGAAAAACGGCAAGUGGCGUAUGUGCAUUGACUUUACCGACCUCAUCAAAGCCUGUCCAAAGGACAGAUAUCCGCUUCCAAACAUCGACAGACUCGUCGAGUCAACUGCCGGCAAUGAAAUGCUCACGUUUAUAGAUGCUUUCUCAGGAUACAACCAGAUUAUGAUGCAUCCGGAUGACCGAGAGAAGACAUCAUUCAUAACCGAUCGAGGAACCUACUACUAUAAAGUGAUGCCCUUCGGGCUAAAGAAUGCCGGAGCGACGUACCAACGACUUGUCAACCGUAUGUUCGCCAAGCAGCUUGGUACCACAAUGGAAGUCUAUAUCGAUGAUAUUCUCGUCAAGUCACUCCGAGCAGAUGACCACCUGACGCACUUACGGGAGUGUUUCGACAUUCUUAACACAUACAAGAUGAAGUUAAACCCGGCCAAGUGCACUUUUGGCGAAUGGUCCGGAGAAUUUCUUGGCUACAUAGUGACGCAGCGAGGAAUUGAAGCAAACCCGAAGCAAAUAUCAGCUGUCCUCGAUCUACCAAGCCCGAGAAACUGCCGAGAAGUCCAACGACUAACCGGCCGAAUUGCAGCACUCAAUCGUUUUAUCUCCCGAUCCACCGACAAAUGUCUCCCCUUUUACGAUCUCCUCCGAGGAAAUAAGAAGUUCAUCUGGGACGACAAGUGCGAAGAGGCUUUUAAUCAGCUCAAGCACUAUCUGACGACGCCCCCGAUCUUGGCAAAGCCAGACAUAGGCGACGUCUUAUCCCUCUACAUUGCGGUCUCAUCCGCAGCAGUCAGCAGUGUACUAAUCAAGAAGGACCGAGGAGAGAAAAGACCCGUUUUCUACAUGAGUAGAAGGAUGACCAGACCAGAAACCAGGUAUCCAACACUCGAAAAGAUGGCCCUAGCCGUCGUCGAAUCAGCGAGGAAACUUCGCCCUUACUUUCAGUCACAUUCGGUGGAAGUUCUUACCGACCAGCCGCUCCGAACUGUUUUGCAAAACACGAACAGAGCCGGCCGUCUUACCAAGUGGGCGAUAGAACUCGGGGAGCUCGACAUCACUUACAAAUGUAGAACUGCCGCUAAAGCUCAAGUCCUCGCCGAUUUGCUCAUGGAAUUAUCUCCAGAACUUGCCCAAGAUCUAGAAGUCCCGGAUUCAACCUGGAUUCUGCAUGUCGUCGGUUCCUCGACAAACAAAGGUUCAGGAGCAGGAGUUCAGCUUCAAUCACCAACGGGGGAACUCAUCUGACAGUCGUUUAGCUUUGGUUUCCCGGCAUCGAACAACGAGGCGGAGUACGAAUCGCUCAUUGCCGGCCUUCGUCUUGUAAAUGCAGUCAAAGCUAAGCGACUCAGUGCGUACUGUGACUCACAGCUCGUCGCCAGUCAGUUCAGCGGCGAUUAUGAUGCACACAACGAGAGGAUGGAUGCUUACCUCCGAGUCAUCCAAUCACUAGCUAAGGAGUUCAAAUUCUUCGAACUCACGAAGGUUCCUCGCGGAGAGAAUGUGUGUGCCGAUGCAUUGGAAGCGCUCCGAAGCAAGCUCCGCGAUCAGGUCAAAAAGACUAUUCCGAUCCAUCGGAUCGAGAAACCGAGCAUCGAUAUCUCAACGGAGGCAGCUAACUUCGUCACUACGGAAUCCGAAACAAUCCCCCAAUCUCUGGCUGACGACGACUCCGAAAUGACAGACCAAGAUCAGCCGAUACCAGAUUGGAGAACUGAGUUCGUCCAGUAUCUCACCAACGGCACACUUCCAACUGAUAAGUGGGCCACGAAACGACUAAAAAGACGCAGUACGCACUACGUCAUCAAGGUCGGCCUCAAAUGUAUCUUUGGCGAGCAAACACGAUUAGUGAUGGCCGAGACUUAUGAGGGAGCAGGUGGCAACCACUCCGGAGGCCGAGCACUAGCCUUAAAAAUUCGAAACUUAGGAUUCUUCUGGCCAACAAUGAAUACGGACUGCGAAGCGUAUGCUCGACGAUGCGACAAAUGCCAACGACAUGCUCCGAGCAUCCACAGCCCAACCGAGCUACUGCGAACCUCCACAGCUCCUUAUCCAUUCAUGCGAUGGGGGAUGGAUAUCAUCGGACCAAUGCCGAAUUCCCGCCAACGCCGCUUCGUGUUGGUCUUAACCGAUUAUUUCACCAAGUGGAUUGAAGCCGAAGCCUUCGUGCAGGUUACCGAGAAAGAAGUUCGCGGUUUUGUUUGGAAAAACAUUAUCUGUCGUCACGGCCUACCUUAUGAGAUCGUGACCGACAAUGGAUCCCAAUUUAUGUCUGGAAAUUUCAAAGAUUUCUGCAACAAGUGGGACAUCCGACUAAGCCCCUCGACACCAAGAUACCCUCAGGGAAACGGACAAGCAGAGUCUUCGAAUAAGAUCAUCAUCGAUGGGAUCAAGAAGCGUCUCGAUCUCAAAAAAGGACACUGGGCCGACGAACUCGACGGUGUCCUCUGGUCACAUCGGACGACCCCCCGAGGAGCGACUAAAUCCACCCCCUUCUCUCUCGCAUACGGGAUGGAAGCAAUGGCUCCGGCUGAGGUCAACGGAAAAAGUCUCCGCCGAUCAAAGAUGCCCCAGUAUGUCGAGCUUAACCAAGAGAUGCUGCUCGAUGCCCUCGAUGAACUCAAAGAGAAACGCGACCAAGCCCUUCUCCGGAUCCAGAAUUACCAAAACCAAAUCGAAAGUUAUUACAACAACAAGGUCCGCUUGCGUCCUCUCGAACUUGGUGAUCUAGUCAUGGGAAAGGUCUUCGAGAACACAAAAGAGCUCAACGCCGGAAAACUCGGCGCGAAUUGGGAAGGACCGUACAAAAUCACUCGAGUCGUCAAACCAGGUCUAUACCGACUCGAAACUUCCCACGAAGAGGCAAUCCCACGAGCUUGGAACUCGAUGCAUCUUCGACGCUUCUACUCAUAAAAUUAGUAAACUUAUAAGAACGAGUAAAUGAUCUACGUCACAUUUUACUCGUACAAAAAAAAAAAAAAAAAAAAAACCGAGUAGAUGCACCCUAUGGUCACUUCUACUCAUCCAAGUAAAUGACAACCAAGUCACUUUUACUUGGGCCAAAACGAACUACGAAAGGCUUGAUCCUCCUCGGAGGUACGUAGGCAUCAUCCCCUCUACGGGGUCCAGCCCCAACAAAACAAAAAAAAAAUCCUUUUUACUCAUAUCGUUUCUCCCUCGAGCAAAAUAACGAGAGUAAAAACCCUAACAAACGAUGCUAGCCCCUUAACUCGUAAGCAGCGCACGAGCACUCGUCCCGAUCAAUCGAAAGUGUCCUGAUCAGAUAUCGAACGAAGGGAAAAAUAGAGUCUCGCGUGACCGAUGCAUCCCGCAUUGACCGACUCAUGAGCGAAAUUUCCGGACCUUAUCGCAAAUCGAAGAAUAACGAGUUGGCCGACCAAAUUUCUCUCGAUUACUGUGUAGCGUCCGGAAACGUUUUCCUCGGAAACUUAUUAAAAUUCUUGUCCUUAUUUGUCCGACUAAUCGUAAACAAGGUUAGUCGGAUUAAAUUAGCGGGCAACAGAUUAUUUCAAAAUCGACUAAGUCAUUUACGAUCAUUCGUGACGUACUUAAAAUAAAAACACUUAGUAACGAUUCAAAGUUUAAGAAAAAGGAAAUCUCCCGAGUACCGAACAACAAGACCCGUCCAGGCCAAAAAUACAAGAUAAAAUAAUAGUUCAAAGGCUUCAACGAGCCGAGAUGAGAUUACAAAGAAGAAAAGGAAAAAGUUACAACAGACAACAGGUUAUACUCAUCGACCACAGGAGGAUCCUUGAUGCCACCAUCAUCUCCCUCUCCGGGACCCGAGACGCGGCCAAACUUCGUUGGGGCUGGCAGAUCCGCGUUCGCAGUAGGCACCUCUCUCGGACAACCCGCAGGAACACCAUCUUCCUUCUCAGGGUCUUCAGAGGAGGAUGUGGACGAGCUAGCAUUUUUAGAUGCCUUCGCGGGAGAAUCAGUCAGAACGAUGGUAGGCACGGCCCCGUCCUUCGGAACGACCGCACCUGCCGAUGCCUGCUUCGCAGGAUCGAUAUCUUGAUCAGUACGCUGAUUGGAAGAUACAGCGGUCUGAGUGGGCUCCUUCAUCAUAUCUUCGGAGCGGGGAUCUCGGUCGACGAGAAGAGUACGAAGAGCAAUAGCGGCUUCAGAGUCUAUCAAAUCGACAUUUGAUCCAAACGGAUCGAUCUGACGCCAAAUAUCUUCAAUUAAGAACUGAGACUCCAGCACUAGCGGAGAAAGGCGAAGGUUUUCUGCCGGAAUCUCCUUCACCUCCAAGCAAGCUGCUUCUUCUUCGUAAUGUUUCUCUUGUCCGGCGAAGAAGUCAUUGGUCUCCUGUGGGAUUUUGAGGCCCGAGGCCUUGAUCUGCUCAAGACACUUCCUCGUCCCGAAGGCUUGGCUAUGCAGGCACCGAGCAUCGUCGUAUUUGUCCCUUUGAUCUUCGCGAAGAGAAAUCUUAUGAAAGCGUUUCUUGGCUUUGGCGAUCAUAGCAAUCAACACACGGAUCCUCUCGUGCGUAACUUCGUAUUUGCGAGACUUACGAAGUAUGCUCAUCUCCUCAGCAUACUUAAGCGACUCCACAGCUCUCGCCUUUUCAAUGACAACUUUUUCCUUCCCCAGCUUGUCUCUACGGAUUCUAGGUCUUUCAUCGAUCUCUUGCAUAGUUGCAAGUCCACCGCAUCAGCCGUCCUCGUCUCGUCAAACAACUUCCUAAGCGCCUUCUCCCGAGCGAUCGCAUCAUUCUUGUCCCGCACUGCAACCCGGAGAGCCUCCUCGGCCUUCUUCCUCACUUCUUCGCCCUCGUGAAUCUGCUCUUUGGCUCGCUUCAGUGCCAUGUCAUACUUUUCAACAAGCACAUUCCAGUCACCUUGACUCUGCUCGGGCAUAACAAGGAAAAGUUAGAAGAAUACUCUUUGCAAAAAAACAACGGAUAGAAACAGAUAAAUACUACCUUUAUGGACGAGGAAGCUGCGUGUUCAUACUCGUCCUUGAAGACGAGAUCUUUCACAGGAGGAAGCUGGUCGGGACCGCCUUUAAUCAGCUGCAGUAGACGACCACAAUCUUCCAGGUGAAAUGCCAACGGAAGAUCAUGAUUGAACUCGAAUUUGAACCCAUCCUCCGGGGUUUCCUUAGGACGUACGGACACACGGGUCUCGGAUCCCUCCGCAAUGCGAGCUGGAGACUCGUCAAGCAAGCGAUCUCGCCGUCCUUCGGAGACUGACGAUUUCCUCGGAGUCUCGGAGAUGCCCUGAUCUCCCGCGAAGGCUCCAUGAGACCUUUCGUCAAUAGUCCGUUUCUCUCGUCUCCGCAGAUGAAAAGCUACGGUUUCGUCCUCGUCAUCGUCAGAAGUCCCAACCUCGGGGACAGUUUCAGGGACCAGUGUCUGAAGCUCCUCUUCACAGACAGAGGAUGGGCGGGGCAGAGAGAAAUCUUUCUUCUUCAUCUUCUUUUUCUUGGGGACGUCGUCUGCAGGCGGGUCCCCGGCCUUCCUCUUCCUGUUUCCCUUCUUGGAGGAGCCACCCGCGUCGGUCUGCUCAACGUUCUCCUCCUCAUUAGACUCCCUUCGAGCCUCAGCAUUUUUCUUCUUCUUCCUCGAGUCCUUUCUUUGGGAAGAGCCGCCAGCAAGCGCUUGCUCGGCGGAAACGGGAGUAGCGUCGGUAGGCUCUGGCUCCGAGGGACCAACCUUGCUCCCAGAAGCACCUUUCUUGGCACCUAUCUUCCCGGCCAUGAUAAGACUGAGAUCGGGAAAUUGCUUCAGUGAUUUGGCUCGGUUGAUCUCCUUCUGUUCAGCUCGCGUGAAAAGGGACAAUCUCUUCGAUGUCGACUGAUUGAUAUGGGGAAGUGUAUCCGAGAUCCAGCUUUUUGCAAAAAAAGAAAACCCUUUUAGUUAUCAUUCGCUUGCUCGGAAACAGAAAAGGGGAGUAGGGACUCACGGUUAGAAAUCCUAUCUAUAGAUUUUUGAAUUCUCUCCCGAGUAAAGUUCUCCUAGUGAUCCUGUCUCUGCAACGCGACAAUUCGAGCACUCUCCUUCCAGUCCUCAGGGUAGGUGGCAAGAUUUGGAUGACCAACUGCUAAACAAAAUAUAACACAAACACGUCAGAUGAGUACGCGCUAUAGUCGUCGCUAAAUCAGUGUGCAGUACCCAUCUCUGCAUUCCAAAGAACACGGUAACUAGAUUUCAGCGGUUCCUCGAACGCCGAUCUAUUCGACUUCACAUAGAAGUACGAACGCUGCCAAUCCGAGGUUUUGGUCGGGUACCCAGUGACCACGUUGUAGUUCGGGCACAUUCUCGUCGAGACCAGCCCAUCGUCGGAAAUCGAGACCGAGGUAAACUCUUCGAACGAUCUUACGCUCAUCGACGUCCCCGCCUCAGCUGCGAUCACCGACAAAACGACCAUCAAACGAAGAGAGCCGUUCAUCAGCUGGCUCAAAGCAAUUCCCCUGCGGAAUGCAUAAGCCGUGACGAUUCGAGGAAUUGGAAACCACAGCUUCGUGUCGUUCCGGAAGUAUGACUCGUAGAUGCAUUGAUACCCUCUCGGCAGCGACCAGGGCCUCUGAUCUUCCUUCGGGAUUAUGAACGAAACCCCAUGUGCGUUGAGAUCUCGGAGAAUAGCUUCCACCGACUCUACGGUAGACUUCGUCCUCUCGACGUUCGGCCAGUCCUGUCCAUCGGCGACGGAAGGCCAAAUCCACCAGGCCUCCAGUGGGCUCUCCUCGGCGAAAAUAUUUCCUGGAUAGUAACUGAUCGGAACAGUCGAGACAUCGACCGCCUCUUGACCAUCGUCGUCAUCCCGGAAUUGUUCCCUCGCUUCCGAGACUAAGAGACGCUGCGCUAGAUCCAUGUUCCCCGUAUCCAUCAUUGCUUCAUGAUGAAUAUCCUCUGGAUCCUCGGAAGAACCCCGAGCAAAUGCUGCUUUCUUCCCCUUUUGUUCUCGCGUUAAACGAUGAGACGACGACAUCUCGGAUAAUCAAAGUUCUAAAACAGAGAUUAAGAGAGAGAAAGAGUGUAGAGAGAGAAAGUACCUUGAUGCUGCGGAGAAAAAUGAAAAGAAGCGAAGAGGGGUGCGCUAUUUAUAGGGAGAGGCGAGCGUUGGGAUCAAGGCGUAAUCAUUACGCCUAAUAAGGCCUAAAUGGGCCUAAACCCUAUUGGCGUGUAACUGACAGACGUGCCGGUUCGUUUUCUCUACCAGUUCGUCUCACGAUCGCGUCGGUUCAAUUCCUCAGCAGCAAUCACAACUAUCUACCUCGAGAUAACAUCAAUCGAGGCUAUUUGCUCGGAUUGAUCCUUUUGUCCUCCGAACUAAAGACACCAAAUUCAUCGAGGAUCGACCACUCGAUCCAUCGAUCAACUAGGGGAGGGGGAAACUUACUGUUGGGGAUGGAUUGAACCCAUCCACAAAGCCCAUCGAACAAAAUGCCCAAUCCGAUAAGCCAAAUAGUCAUCGGCUCGGAAGCCGAUAUUCGAGGUUUCGACUCAGCUAAGGACUGCUUUUAGUCGAAACGGAGAGCGGCCAGAGCGCGAUCGACUUAGCAGCUCGGGGGGAGCAUUCACCUGCCAGGCCCGAAAGGCCGACAAGGCCCAAUCGAUUAAAAGAAGAUUAGGUUAAGUCGAUCGCGAACAGACUAUAAAAGGAGAGGAAAGCAAAGGAGAAAGGCAUGAAGACUGAGCUACACAAACUUAGCGGCGAGAUUAGGGUUUAUUGUCCGUACAAUCAUCUCUCUGCUAUUUGUACUUUUCCGGUUUAAGCUCUCACGAGCUCCGGCUUGCCAUUACUUUCUCCACCUUUGUAACCUCAUCUCAAAAUCUAAUAAACGCCUCUGUUCGACCCAUUUUUAGUAUUGUUUACUUCAUCUGAGACCAAACUCACCUUAAACAUCUCUCUUUCUCUCCACCGACAGAUAUCCCUCAUUCUCUUCACUUUUUUUUUUGUUUGAAUCUUCUCUUCUCUGCCUCUUCUUCCUCAUGUUAUAUUUUUCAGAUUUGGUAAAUAGAGUACAUAUGAAGACAAUAAUGGAGUUUAAGAAGAUGAAGACUCUCUGGUGACGAAGACCCGGAGACGAACCCACAGAAGAGCUCAAGGUCGUUGUCACGCCAUCAUCUCACCUGUGUCAAGCUAAACGUCACACCAUCUUCUCAAUCUCCCCGUCACGCCAUCUGCUCGAUCUCGCCGUCAAUUUAACCUAAGAGAGAGGAGGAAGAUUAUUCCCAAAUCUUCAUUAUCCCUUUUCAUUUCUUGCUCCUCAAUAUGCCGACUCAUGGAUCUGAUGGGUUUCUGAUGAUCUGAGAAGGUGGUGUUGUUAUAAUCGAAGGUGGUGGUGGUGGCGUGACGAAUCAGUGGUCUCCUUCUCGUCAGUGGUGGAGCAUGGAGGAGGCAGAAAAGCUAUGCCUCUGGUUCAGACCAGUCUUCAUUCUGGUGGUGAAGGCGGUCUAGCAGUCAAGUGUCCUCUCCGGUCGUCUUCGCAGCUGCAACAGUGGUGUUCUCAGUCGCCAUCAAUGAGUUAAGAGUAAGAAGAUGAAGCUUGAAGGUGGAGGAGGCAAACCAGCCCUUUAGGUUUAGUUUUUUUUAGGUUUAGGGUAAACCGAUUUGGAGGCUGGUUUAGUUCUAUAAACCUAAAUUUCAUCUGUAAAUCUAAAUUUCAUUUAUAAACCAAUUUUAAUUUAUAAAGAAAAUUGUUGGGGUCAAUUCCGAGACUAAGAGACGCUGCGCUAGAUCCAUGUUCCCCGUAUCCAUCAUUGCUUCAUGAUGAAUAUCCUCUGGAUCCUCGGAAGAACCCCGAGCAAAUGCUGCUUUCUUCCCCUUUUGUUCUCGCGUUAAACGAUGAGACGACGACAUCUCGGAUAAUCAAAGUUCUAAAACAGAGAUUAAGAGAGAGAAAGAGUGUAGAGAGAAAGUACCUUGAUGCUGCGGAGAAAAAUGAAAAGAAGCGAAGAGGGGUGCGCUAUUUAUAGGGAGAGGCGAGCGUUGGGAUCAAGGCGUAAUCAUUACGCCUAAUAAGGCCUAAAUGGGCCUAAACCCUAUUGGCGUGUAACUGACAGACGUGCCGGUUCGUUUUCUCUACCAGUUCGUCUCACGAUCGCGUCGGUUCAAUUCCUCAGCAGCAAUCACAACUAUCUACCUCGAGAUAACAUCAAUCGAGGCUAUUUGCUCGGAUUGAUCUUUUUGUCCUCCGAACUAAAGACACCAAAUUCAUCGAGGAUCGACCACUCGAUCCAUCGAUCAACUGGGGGAGGGGGAAACUUACUGUUGGGGAUGGAUUGAUUCCAUCCACAAAGCCCAUCGAACAAAAUGCCCAAUCCGAUAAGCCAAAUAGUCAUCGGCUCGGAAGCCGAUAUUCGAGGUUUCGACUCAGCUAAGGACUGCUUUUAGUCGAAACGGAGAGCGGACAGAGCGCGAUCGACUUAGCAGCUCGGGGGGAGCAUUCACCUGCCAGGCCCGAAAGGCCGACAAGGCCCAAUCGAUUAAAAGAAGAUUAGGUUAAGUCGAUCGCGAACAGACUAUAAAAGGAGAGGAAAGCAAAGGAGAAAGGCAUGAAGACUGAGCUACACAAACUUAGCGGCGAGAUUAGGGUUUAUUGUCCGUACAAUCAUCUCUCUGCUAUUUGUACUUUUCCGGUUUAAGCUCUCACGAGCUCCGGCUUGCCAUUACUUUCUCCACCUUUGUAACCUCAUCUCGAAAUCUAAUAAACGCCUCUGUUCGACCCAUUUUUAGUAUUGUUUACUUCAUCUGAGACCAAACUCACCUUAAACAUCUCUCUUUCUCUCCGCCGACAGAUAUCCCUCAUUCUCUUCACUUUUUUUUUUGUUUGAAUCUUCUCUUCUCUGCCUCUUCUUCCUCAUGUUAUAUUUUUCAGAUUUGGUAAAUAGAGUACAUAUGAAGACAAUAAUGGAGUUUAAGAAGAUGAAGACUCACUGGUGACGAAGACCCGGAGACGAACCCACAGAAGAGCUCAAGGUCGUUGUCACGCCAUCAUCUCACCUGUGUCAAGCUAAACGUCACACCAUCUUCUCAAUCUCCCCGUCACGCCAUCUGCUCGAUCUCGCCGUCAAUUUAACC